CCACCCCCGAUACUUACUUUCUCCAACAUCACAGCAGCAUCUCUUUCUCACAAGUUCUUCAACCCCACCUACUCCUUCAACCACCCCCCCACGCCUAAUCCCACCCCAACCACCCUCAUCUUCUCUUCUUCACCUCUCACACAGAUCUGAACUUCCAUUAACCAAGAUUCCACCUUUCUUGAACUUUCUUUACAAAAAAACAAAAAAAAAAAUGUCAACUUUAGUUCCUCAUUCUUGAACAUUAACCACUCAUUCUUGAACUUUCUGUACAAAAAAAGAAAAAAAAAUGUCAACUUUAGCCCCUCAUUACCGUACAAUAAUGGUAAAUUCACUUCCAUUAGAAGUACUAGAACACAUAUUUUCAAACAUAAUAUCAGACAAAGACAGGAACUCAAUAUCCUUAGUAUGUAAAUCUUGGUAUGAAGCUGAACGUUGUUGUAGGAAAAAUGUAUUUAUAGGAAACUGUUAUGCUGUUAGUCCAUCAAUCUUGAUCAAAAGAUUUCCAGAUAUUAGAUCUAUAAACAUUAAAGGGAAACCACAUUUUGCUGAUUUUGAUUUAGUACCUGAAGGAUGGGGUGCAUUUUUUUAUCCAUGGGUUGAUGAAAUGGCUAAAGCAUAUCCAUUUCUUGAGGAAAUUAGACUUAAGAGAAUGGUUGUUUGUGAUGAGUCAUUGGAGUUGGUUGCUAAGGCUUUUAAGAAUUUUAAAGUCUUGGUUUUACAGUCUUGUGAAGGAUUUACUACUGAUGGACUUGCUGCUAUUGCUGCUAACUGCAGGAAUCUGAGGGAACUUGACUUGGGAGAAAGUGCAGUGGAAGACUUGAGUGGCCAUUGGCUUAGCCAUUUUCCUGAUAGCUGCACAUCGCUCGUGUCACUUAACAUUGCUUGUUUGGCUUCUGAAGUCAGCUUUUCAGCUUUGGAACGUCUAGUUGCUCGCUCGCCUCAUCUAAAAACUCUUCGGCUCAAUCGUGCUGUGCCCAUCGAGAAACUGCCCAAGCUACUUCGCCAUGCUUCCCAGUUGGUUGAAUUUGGUACCGGGUCCUACUCUGCUGACAUACAAGCUGAUGUUUCCGAAGUUUUCGUAAACGUAUCUCAAGCUUUUUCGGGUUGCAAUCAACUCAAAGGCUUGAGUGGUUUUUGGGAAGCCGUGCCAGCCUACUUUCCAACUAUAUAUCCAGUCCACUCCCGACUCACCUCUUUGAAUUUAAGCUAUGCUACCAUUCAAAUACCUGAACUUGGCAAGGUCAUCAGCGAUUGUAACAAUUUGCAGCGGUUAUGGGUGCUAGAUUAUGUUGAAGAUAGCGGUCUUGAAGAGAUUGCCAACUCUUGUAAAGAACUUCAAGAGCUUAGGGUUUUUCCUUCUGAUCCAUUUGCUCCGGGACCAAAUGUAUCCUUGACUGAGCAAGGUCUUGUAGCUAUCUCAGCUGGCUGCCCUAAACUUCAGUCAGUUUUAUACUUUUGUCGCCAAAUGACUAAUUCCGCCUUGGUUACUAUCGCAAGGAACCGUCCUAAUAUGAUCCGAUUUCGUUUGUGUAUUAUCGAACCUCGAACUCGUGAUUACUUAACCCUAGAACCGCUUGAUUCCGGUUUUGGUGCCAUUGUUCAACACUGCAAGGAAUUGCGACGACUUUCCGUUUCGGGUCUCCUUACGGAUUGUGUGUUCGAGUACAUCGGGGCCCAUGCUAAGAAGUUAGAGAUGCUUUCCUUAGCUUUUGCCGGGGAUAGUGAUCUGGGUCUCCACUACGUGCUCUCUGGUUGUGAAAGCCUCCGUAAGUUGGAAAUUAGAGAUUGCCCUUUUGGCGACGAGGCUCUGUUGGCUAAUGCUGCAAAGCUGGAGACAAUGCGAUCCCUUUGGAUGUCUAAUUGUUCGGUAAGUUUUGAAGCAUGUAAGCUGCUAGGUCGAAAGUUGCCAGAACUUAAUGUUGAAGUCAUAGAUGAGAGGGGUCAUCCUGAUACGAGACCGGAAAGUUGCCCCGUUGAGAAACUUUACAUAUACAGGACAGUGUCGGGCCGGAGGUUCGACACUCCCGGUUUUGUUUGGAUAAUCGAUGAAGAUGAAGCUUUGACUAGAUAUAGCAACGGGAAUUGCUCGGUGGCUUCUGCUUAGGAAGACUUCAGUAUAUUUCAGGUGUUAUAUAGUUGAGAAGAUCAUUGGAAGAAACCAAGUGAAAAAUAAGUCAAAAGAUUGAAGAAAAUGAUAAACUGGCUAGGAUUCGACCCCGACUCAUAGUUGGUUUAACUAUAUUGUUGGCGAUCGUGUACACUUUCUCACUUUGAGGAGUAGAUUUGGACGUCAUUAAUUUACUCGCUUGAGCCUUGUGUAGUUGCAGUGCUGGUUAUGGUGGGAUUGAAGCUCAUGUGCUAUCAAUUUUACCCUUUGUCGAGCGACUUCACAGCUAUUAGUUACGAUUAAAGAGUUUAAACUCUCUUUGUUGUGCUGUAUCAGUAAAGACUAGUGUAGAUGUCCAAUUGUGUAGGCUAUUUGUAGACAUUUUGUAUCAUUAUGCAUCUGUUUAACUUUCUCUAGUGACUUGUUCUUCUGGCGAAAUGGUGCUGUCCACGUACCUCUGGACUUGUGGUCAUGUAUGGUUGUACUUUGAAGAUUAAUGUGAACCAAACCAUUAAAUUGAGAACAUUUUCAAGUGCAUUUCAUGACUUUGCUACAUGAUGCAAAUGGAAUUCCAUUUGUUAAACUUUUAGUAUCUGCUAGUUAUAGGCUCUUGCUAAGAAGGUGUUUCGGUGUUUUAAUAUUCUUUGUUCUCUUUCUAUAAAAUGGCCUUGAUAUACUA